AUGGCAUUGAUCUUUACAAGGAGAAAAAACCAAUGUAGCGGUUAUUAUAACGAUUAUGAAAAUAAAACCGGAAGUUUGUGCCAGGAUUGUGCUGAAAAGAAAAUUUUAGCAGAUUUAAGAAAAAACCAAGAUUUUCCAUCUUCGCCACCAAAGGACCAACCUAAUUACUCGCCUAUUAAUAAUUCCCCUCCCACUUCCAGCCAAAAUAACCAAACCAACCUUAAAUGCUACAACUGCAAAAAAUAUUUCUCUUACGGAGAUAAUACUCAUUAUUUUCCCCAAAAACCGGAUAAGAAAUGA